AUGUCGGAUACUGGUCGCAGUCCUCGUCCUGCUGGAUCUCAACUGAGACAACGUCGUGGUGGCGGAGCUGCCGCUGCUUCAUCCGGUCGUCCUCGUGCAGGAAACAACGGCGGCCUGUGGCGUUUUUACACUGAGGAUUCCACUGGUUUGAAAAUUGGGCCCGUUCCAGUGCUUGUUAUGAGCUUAGUGUUUAUCGCUUCCGUCUUCGUUCUCCACAUUUGGGGUAAAUUUACGCGAAGCCGUGCUUAA